UUAUUGGGCUUUUAGUAGAGUAUGAAGUUGUGUACGUGGAUCUGCAAUAGCAGGGAAUCUGCAUAUUUGUUGCAGUUCAGUUUCCAUUUUACUACGUAGAUUUGAUUUAGCAUGUAUUCUCUUGUCUUUAACAUGAUGCUACUUAAUGCCAAUUAUGUUGAUCUGAUUCAUGAUUGAUUACUUAUAACCACAUAACAUUCUGGAUUGAGCUUUGGAAUCUUAUACUAUCAAGAUGCAUGGAGCUUCUAUUUUAUCUGCUCUCUUGUUGCAUGUUAUCAGCUGUCAGAAUAAGAAUCAUAGUAAGUUUAAUUUUAAUAUUUGUGGCGAGCAGGUCUGGAGGCAGACCAAACAGUUCAUCUUAUUCGAGGUUCUGCCGUAGCUGCUUCUGCUAGUGCAACCAAUGUUGUAAAUCCAAAUGCUAAUCAGGAUGCUCCCAGGGUUGAUGUUCCCACUACAGGGGGGCUGUUUGUCAGGGUCGGUAGAGGUCCACUCUUUUCUAGACUUGGAAAAAGAGGUGGUUCGUUUGGAGCUGGACUUCCAGAUUUUGAGCAGGUCCAACAACAUGACUCCAUCAUGAUGAGAGAGAUAUUGAAUAUGCCUCUAGUUCAGGAUCUAGUGAAUGACCCAGGAAUCAUCUGCAACUUUAUCGUGAACAGUCCUCAAAUGCGAGAGUAUGUGAAUCUUAAUCCCGAGCUUCCACACAUAUUCAAUGACCCUGCUAUAUUUCUCCAGAUAUGGGAGGCUGCACGUAAUGAACUCAUGCAUGAGACGAUAAGAACUAUUCAAUGGUCAUUGAGCCACACUGAAUCGUCUCCUGAGGAAUCUAACAUGCUAAGGCACAUGUAUGUGGAUGUCCAAGAGCCAUUUCUGAAUGCAACAAGCAUGGCUGGAGAUACAAGAAAUGAUUCAGGGAUCAACCCGUUCGUGGCUCUUUUGGGAGCCCAGGAACAAGGCAGAAGCCGGUCAACUAACCCUCCAGCUACUUGUUCUGAUACAACUGCUAAUCCUCCUGCUCCAAACUCGAACCCACUUUCGGAUCCUUGGGCAUCAGCUGACUUUGGAGGUGCCCAAAUGAAUACCUCUCCCAGAUCAAAUACUUCUAGGAAUAUUUGGGGACCCUCUCCUGGUGGUUUGGAUGACAUAGCAGAUUUGCAGCGAAUGCUAGGUGGCAUACCUGGCGCCUCUUCUGAAAAUCAGUUAAUAGGAUACCCAUCCAUCUCGCAGAUAAUGCAGCACAUAAACCAGAUUAUGGAGCUCGACCCCAACUCUCAUAAUGGGGAUAUGAUGCCAAAUCGUGAAUUAAUUCAUCAGUUGAUGUCCUCUGAGAGGAUGCAGGAAUAUCUGGUACAACAAGGGCUAUUUCCUUACCUUGAUCAUCCGCAAUCAAACCAAGAACAAGAUCAGGGUGAAGCUGACGAAACAGGUAAUAUCAUUCUAUAUAUUUCCCAAUUUGAUAUUCUUGUAACUGUAAAUAUACCCUUAGGUUUGGAGGGAAUGAUCUCUUGAUUUAGGAGCAAAUAAAUCCUUUUACAAUAUUUUCCAAAUGUUACUUAAGUCUAGUAUUUUAAUGCAAAACUGGCCUAUUAGGAGCAAUACACUUAAUAUUGUUGUGAUGCACAUUAUUUGUGAUGUUUCAUAUAAAUGGACAUCUUCUUUGUAUAGUUACAUGGUAUAUGAAAGUUGAGAUUUUACAAGGGCGA